GCGUAGAUCGUCGAAGUGACGUCAAAGGGGAAAUACAAACAUACCAUAAACGCUAGUCUUUGUGUGGUUUUUCCCCAAAAUUAAAAUUUAAUUUAUGAAACUUCAAAAUAUGCGAGUUUUGCUGAUGCAACGCCAAGCAAUAGUGACGCAAAUAGAACAAGGUGCAACACAUGUUGCAGCAGCAAUAUCAGCAGCUAGACAAGUGAAAAUUGCCUAAAACACAGACGGAAUAUUAAAAAGCAAUUGCAUUUGCAACAAGAGUUGCCAUUAUUGAUAUUAAAUCAGCUGGAAAAACAGUAUCCAGCAACAGCAGCAACAACAGGGAAAGCAGCAGCAGCAGCAACAUGCUGCUAGCGGAAAUCGCUGGCAACAAGGAAAACAUGCUCAAGCGGAAAACGGAGCAGGAGCAGGAGCAGCAGCCACAGCUGCAGCGCAAGCAGCACAAGAGCAACAUUAGCAACAGCAGCAACUUUAGCAGCAACAGCAGCAACUUCAGCAUCAACAACAACUUCAGCAACAUCCUCAACAAUCACUAUCAACCGAGAAUGUAUUACAAUUCGAAUUCGAGACCUUUUUGGAUGACAUUAAGAGCAACAACAAUGAGUCCACCAACGACAACAAUAACAACAACAAUAUUUAGCAGUAACAACGAUCACAGCAAUGCAGCAGCAGCAACAGCAGCAGCAGCAACAUAUGACAAGAUGCAGCGUUGCAAUCAGAGUAACAACAACAACAGCAGCAGCAACAACAGUAAUAACAACACAAGCAAUCAAAAUAAUAGCAACAAACGCUGCUCUCAGAAAUAUACCGGCAGCAAUAACACCAACAACCUAGCGAUGGCCUAUCAGCAGCAGCAGCAGCAACAUGCAACAUGCAACACGACUUCAGGUGGCUUGCAGCAAAGCUCCAAUGGCCACAAAAAUGGCACACGCAAGAGUCGCUACAACAAGCAGCAACAUCAUCAGCAGCAGCAACAGCAGCAGCAGCAAUCCUUUGGAAAUGUACAAAAGCGAAACUGCGGACUAACCGGAAACGGAAGUGAGUCCUCUUCGCCGAACAACAACAACAACAGCUGGGGCUACGUACACCGUCUGGUCAAUUCUUCAUGCAUCGAAGACAAAUUCCUGGGCCAGCACAAUCCGGGCCACCGCAAUAGCACCAGCAGUGAGGCCACCAGCGAGGACAUCGAGUCGAGUAGAGAGCACCUGAACAGGAGCAAGGCCGGUGCUCUGCUCCCAGCCGGCAGCCACCAGGUGGGGCAGGCCAACAAGUCGCGCUCGAAGCGCCAGCAAAAGUCACGCAAUCAGCAGCAACAGCAGCAGCAGCAGCCACAACAGCCACUGUCAUCCGAUCCCGGCCAGAAGUUGGCCAGCAAGAGUGGCAAGCAAAAUGGCAGCGGCAAGUGGAAUCGCCAGCAAAAUGGCCAGCAGAAUCCCGCACAGCAGCAGCAGCAGCACCAACCAAAGCGUGGCAACAACAAGAAAAAGACCAACAAUGUUAGUGGUGGUAACCACAACAAUCAAUCACACCACAAUAAUCCCGGCAAGAACGGAGUCAACAAUCCCACAUCGUCGCGCAAGCAUCUGGCCAGCACUAGCACCGACAGCAGCAGCUCCUCCUCCUCCUCCUCCUCGGCUCUGAGCUCACCCACCAGUUCGCCCACCAGUUCACCGCAUGUCAAUGGCAAUCGCAAGAGGAUCGAACGAUCCCUGAUGCCGGGAGCAGCACUGGAGUGGCGCCGAGAGCGAGAGCGUGGCCGACAGAAUGCAAACUUUUUGGUACCGCCACUGCGUCAGUACGAGCAAUUGGAUUUGGAUGACAGGACACUGGUUCAGCAAUUGCGUCGUCAUGUCAUCGAUCAUCAUCUGCUGCGGGUGUACGGUUAUCCCGUGGACUCGGUGGUCCAUGACGGUGCCAUUGAGAUCUUCAAGUGUUUGCCUCACAUGAGCUUUGCCGCCGCUCUGGCCGAAACUGCGCCGGCGGUCACUGUGAUCAAUUGCCACGAUGGACUGAUGCAGCGGGAACUGGAGUCAAGUGAUUCGGGUAAUAGCUCACCGCAUUCAUUGGACUCGGAAUCUGGUGGCGAGUGGAGCGGCAGCGAAUGCGAGUCCAGCUCGGGAUCAUCAUCAUCGUCGUCGUCGUCGUCGUCGGCCUGCAGCAACACCUCAGCCGGUGAUCUGACUCUGGCCGAGCUCAAGUACUGCCAGUACGUUCAAGUGGAGCGCAGCCUGGCCAAGCCUUGUGCCCGCUGCAAGCGUCACUUUUUGGUUGAUGAACUAACUGGGGAGUAUCUAUCCCAGGAGGAGUGCCUGUAUCAUUCGGGCAAAUAUCAGCGCUACUACGAUGGCGUCUGCAUGGGACGCUGGAGCUGCUGCAGCGAGAGUGAUGAAUCCUCGCCAGGAUGCUGUCACAGUGAGCGGCAUGUAUGGACCGGAUCCGUGGUGGGCGUCAAUGGUCCGUAUUAUGAUUUUGUGCGGACCCAGCAUCGCGAGGAGGAGGAUCAAUCCUCUAGCCCAGCUGUCUAUGCUUUGGACUGUGAAAUGAGCUAUACGGGCCGUGGUCUGGAUGUCACCAAAGUCUCACUGGUGGCCCUCAAUGGCCAGCUGGUGUACGAGCACUUUGUCCGCCCCGAAUGCGAUAUUGUGGACUAUAAUACCCGAUAUUCGGGCAUCACUGAGCGUGAUCUGCGCUCUGGUGGCGGUGCCAAGAGCCUAGCCGAAGUCCAGCGUGAUCUCCUGCAAUUAAUAUCCGCCGAUACCAUAUUGGUGGGUCAUGGCCUGGACAAUGAUUUGCGUGCAUUGCGUUUGGUCCACAAUACCCUGAUCGAUACAUCCAUCUCGUUUCCGCACUGCAGUGGCUUUCCCUACCGUCGGGCAUUGCGUCACCUGACCAAGGUCCAUCUGAAGCGUGAGAUCCAGAGCGGAGAUGGUACCACAGGUCAUAGUAGCUUCGAGGAUUCGCGGGCAUGCAUGGAGUUAAUGCUUUGGCGGAUCAAUCGGGAGCUGCUUGAGCCCAACUGGAGCUGGGAUGAUUGACUUCAGAUUCCAGCAGCAGCAGCAGCAGCAGUGGUGGCCAGUGGGUGGGUUAGCGUAGGAUUCGGGGGGAGGGGGAGGGAUUAUAUGGGGUGGGGAGCGGGCGGGGGCCAGCAAGUACUUUUAGUUGUAGGAUCUAGGAACUAGGAACUAGCCACUAGCCACUUAGCCGUCGUUCGUCGUAUUCAGAGAGAGAGAGAAAAAAAAUAAAUAAAAAAAAAUAGAAGAAGAUAAAACCCAAAAUCUCAGCUGGCGCCCAAAAGAGUGCCAACUGGCGAUCAAGGGAUAUGAUAUGCUGGCGGGACAUCUGGAGGAAGGAUAUAAGGCCAGGCCAGAUCAGAUGCCGUGUCAGGAUACAUCGCCUUUUGAUAGCCAGCCGGAGGGGGCGCGGCGCUUACAUACAUAUAUAUAUAUAUAUGUAUAUAUACAUAUAUAUAUUUAUAUAUAUAUAUAUAGAUAUAUAUAUACGAAAAUCAACAACAAAUGACAAAAAAUUAAAACAAAAACAAACAAAAAAAAAACACAGAAAAAAAAGGAAAACAAGUAAAGAAGUAAAGAAAUCAUCUAUACUAUAUAUAUAUUUUGUAAGCGUAUAUUUAUAGAGAAGAAAAAGAAAAUAGAAAUUUAAUCUACAUAUAUAUAUAUAUAUAUAUGUAUAUGUAUGUAUAUAAACAUAUUGUUUUUUUUUUUUUUAUUUAAGUGUUUAAUUUUUUGAACCACGAGACAAUGUACUGAAGUUUUAGCUGUGAUGUUUUUUUUCACUUUCUCACACAUAUUUACACACACACACACAUACACGCAAAAAAAAACACAAAAAUAUAUACACCUAAAAAAAUCUUUAUAGAGAAACCAACACGAAAGGCAAUCCAAAUACUUUUAUUUUUGACCAAAACUUUCAAAACAAAAAAAAAACAAUCACUCCAUUUUAAUCAUAAAAAUUAAAUUUAGGUUUUCGUUUCGAUUUAUUAUUAUUAUUACUAUGUUUAUUAUUAUUUUUUAGUUCGUGUACGAAUGCAGCAUCUCAUAAGACAUGGACAUGGGACUCUUUUUUUUCGAUAAGAGCUGCAAAAUAAUCGAUCUGCUUAUCGCUGUUUUGCCAUCUCAAAUUCGAAAAUCAAGAAAAGUGCUAUGUUUAUGGUUAUCCUCCUUUUUUUUUUUUUUUGUUUAUCCCCCGUUUUGAUUAUUUAUUUAACCAUUUUUUCAUGCGACAAAGUUCAUUGGAAAAUUUACUGCAAGUGUAUAAUUUUUCACAUUGUACUCCACAUACACAUACGCACACCAACACCAACACAUCGUAGAAACUAAGCGAUAUAUUUUUUGUUUUCUAUCGAAACUAUCGACGAUUAAGCACUAUUCCUGGUUAUACCCUAAAGAGAGAGGAAUACUUUAUUCGAAAAUCGAUGUUCCUAGCAGCAUAAGUUGAGCACAAAGCAAAUACAGUGUACUAUGCAUGUAUUUUUAUAUAUAUAUAUAUUAUUACUGAGAAGAAAAAACGGAGAGCGGUGCAAGAAAAUGCACUGGAAAAAAAACGAUUCAAUUGACACGAAAAUAAAAGAAACAAAUGAUUUGUUUAAAACUAAAAAUAUCACCUAAAA